GUGUACGGCUACGUAAAAGCUCGAGACGCGAGUGCGCGCGCGCUGCUCCACUCUCUCAGUUUGCCAGGAAAAGAUGGCAGCGUCCGUGUGCCGAGUCGGCGGAGCCGUGGGUCGAGCCUUCGCCAGAGCUCGCGGCCCUACUCUGCUCUCUCUGAGACGCAGCCAGGCAACUGUGACCUAUGCCCAAAGCCUGCUAGGAGCUCCAGAGACGCAGCUCACUACCUUGGACAAUGGACUGAGAAUCGCCUCUGAAGAAACUGGCCAUGCAACCUGCACUGUUGGUGUUUGGAUUGGUGUGGGUAGCAGAUACGAGACUGAGAAGAACAAUGGUGCUGGGUUCUUCUUGGAGCACUUGGCUUUUAAGGGCACAAAGAAGCACCCUCAGUCUGCUCUUGAGCAGGCUGUGGAGUCCAUGGGUGCUCACCUAAGUGCAUAUACUUCUCGUGAGCACACUGCUUACUACAUGAAGGCACUUGCCAAGGACCUUCCCAAAGCGGUGGAGCUGUUGUCAGAGGUGGUGCAGAGCUCUGCUCUUAGUGAGGCUGAGAUCGAGCAGCAGAGGGGAGUCAUACUGAAAGAGCUGGAAGAGGUGGAGGGCAGUCUGCAGGAUGUGUGUCUGGACCUGCUCCAUGCCACUGCCUAUCAGGCCACACCACUGGCACAGAGUGUUCUGGGACCCUCUCAGAAUGCCAGGACUCUGACUCGUCAAGAUCUGGUGGAUUAUAUUAACAGUCACUACAAGGCUCCUCGCAUGGUGCUGGCUGCUGCUGGAGGUGUGAACCAUGAGGAAUUGGUGGGAUUAGCCAAGCAGCACUUCAGUGGUGUUUCGUUUGAGUAUCAAGAUGAUGCCGUGCCUGUGCUGUCCCCCUGCCGCUUCACUGGCAGCGAGGUUAGAAUGCGUGAUGAUGCCAUGCCCCUGGCACACAUUGCUAUUGCAGUAGAGGGAGCAGGAGCUGCCAAUCCUGAUAUUGUGCCUCUAAUGGUUGCUAAUUCCAUUCUUGGCAGUUAUGACAUCACCUUUGGAGGUGGCAAGCAUCUCAGCAGUACCUUGGCUCGUCGGGCUGCAGAGCUCAACCUGUGCCACAGUUACCAGGCUUUCCACUCCACAUACAGCGACACUGGGUUGAUGGGCAUCUAUUUCGUCACAGGCAAACAUAAUAUUGAAGACAUGAUGCACUGGGCUCAGAAUGCCUGGAUGAAUUUGUGCACCACAGUGACUGAUAGUGAUGUGGCCAGAGCAAAGAAUGCACUGAAGGCCAGUUUAGUUGGUCAGCUUAACGGUACCACGCUGAUCUGUGAUGACAUUGGCAGACAUGUUCUCAACUAUGGCCGUCGCAUACCUUUGGCUGAGUGGGAUGCCAGGAUUGAUGCUGUGACACCCAAGAUGGUGCGUGAUAUCUGCUCCAAAUACAUUUAUGACAAAUGUCCGGCUGUGGCUGCUGUUGGUCCAAUUGAGCAGCUUCCUGACUACAAUAGAAUGCGCAGUGCCAUGUACUGGCUUCGUUUUUAAAUGCUCUCCAGGUUUCAUCUGAUAUCAUCACUUCUCUCCACCUCUCCACUAAAUACCUACCCAAUCUCCCCUGCUCUCUGUGUUCUACUUCUGUUUCUUAUUCUAUGAUAUUUCACUCCUGGUCCUGGAAGCAAACUGUUCUGAGCAAUUAUUGCUUUUCCUUUUCCCUACACAACUGAUUCAAACAAUUACUUCAUUAAACAUACUUUUAGAGUGGCAGGGUGUGUGAUAAGCCGGAAAACAUCUAAAAAGUGCAGUGCAGAGUGUCUUCAGUACCAGGAUUGAUUUUAUUAAGCAUUUUCUUCAUUUGACAGGAAGCUAUUGUUUUCUUUUCUUCCAGCUUUGGUCUCCAUUCUGGAACAGUUGUAGAAAAAGAGAAUUUAAGAGGAAUAAGGACAUUGAGGAGCAACUACCUCUUACUAAAGAUUGUUCAAGUACGAUAAUUGCAGGGAAGCAGGUGGAGAAUUAAUACAUAUAGAUGAAAAGAUCCACAAAAGUAAUGGCAGAGUCUAGCAUAUGUCACACCAGGACUAUUUAUGAAUUGUUGUGAUGUUUCGUUUCUGUCCAAUUGUACAUAACAGAAGCUCUCAUACUGAAUUCCAAUAAAUACUCGAAACUAAA